AGGCGAAGAUGGCGGCGGCGUGGGGCGCGCUGCAGCCGCGCUGAGCCCCGUCCGGCACGGCCCCGCCAUGAGCUGCUCGGAGGACGCGGCCAAGGAGCGGCUGCUGUGGAGCGUGAAGAAGGAGGUAAAACAGAUCAUGGAAGAAGCUGUCACCAGGAAAUUUGUGCAUGAAGACAGCAGUCACAUCAUCGCCUUGUGUGGUGUGGUAGAAGCAUGUCUUCUGCACAUGCUCAAACGGAGAGCCGCCGGCUUCCUACGGACUGAUAAGGUGGCUGCCCUCUUCACCAAAGUUGGCAAGACCUAUGCGAUAGCUGGGGACAUCUGCAAGAAGGUCCAGGAGCUGCAGCAGCAGGUGGAAAGCAGGAAAAAUCAGCCAACUGGCCAGGAGUCCCUCAAGAGGCAGAAUUCAGCCACAAGCAAAUCGCCUGUCCUGACACCUCAGGCUAUCAAACACAUCUGGGUCCGGACGGCGCUGAUCGAGAAAGUGCUGGACAAAAUUGUGCAGUACAUCGUAGACAACUGCAGCAAAUUUUAUGAGAAAGAAGCUCUAUUGGCAGAUCCUGUUUGUGGUCCAAUCCUUGCUUCUCUUCUAGUUGGACCCUGUGCUCUCGAAUAUACCAAGCUGAAAACAGCCGACCACUACUGGACUGACCCCUCAGCCGAUGAGCUGGUGCAGAGGCACCGCAUUCAUGGAGCACACGGCCGUCAGGACUCUCCCUCCAAACGCCCGGCGCUGGGAAUCCGGAAGCGGCACUCCAGCGGGAGCACGUCCGAGGACCGGUUUGCUGCUUCGGCAAGGGAGUACGUGGAGUCUUUGCACCAGAACUCGAGGACACACCUGCUGUAUGGGAAAAAUAACGUCCUCGUUCAGCCAAGAGAUGAUAUGGAGGCAAUUCCUGGGUAUCUCUCCCUGCAUCAGUCAGCAGAUAACUUGACUCUGAAAUGGACCCCGAACCAGCUUAUGAAUGGGACCCUAGGGGAUUCAGAACUCGAGAAAAGUGUUUACUGGGACUACGCCUUAAUCGUGCCAUUCAGUCAGAUCGUCUGCAUACACUGCCAUCAGCAACCAGAAAGUGGAGGGACAUUAGUGUUGGUGAGUCAGGAUGGGAUUCAGAGACCUCCGCUCCAUUUCCCGCAGGGAGGCCACCUCCUUGCUUUCCUCUCUUGCCUCGAAAAUGGCCUUCUGCCCCGAGGGCAACUAGAGCCACCGCUUUGGUCCCAACAGGGCAAGGGUAAAGUGUUUCCAAAGCUUCGGAAACGGAAUAGUAACAAGUCAGUGGAUCUAGAUGAAAUGCAAGAGGAGACUGCUACAGACUACGUCUUCAGAAUCGUCUACCCAGGACACAAGCAUGAGAACAUAACUAUUAACUACCACCACUUAGCUGCCAGCCGCUCUGCCUCUGUCGACGAUGACGAGGAGGAGGAAGAUAAGCUACACGCAAUGCUAUCAAUGAUCUGCUCUCGGAACCUCACAGCUCCUAAUAGGAUGAAAGACCCCAGCGACAUGAUAGAGAUGCAGGGAUUUAGUGCAAGCUUGUUGUCAUGGCAGCUGGAGCACUGUAGCCAAGGUUCCUCGUGUCUCUCCUGUUCGACAGGCAGCUCUCCUUAUGACCUCCCCAGCUGCUGCAACUGCAUACACGACAGAACGCCUUUAAAGAUGCUGUGUGAAAGCAUGAAGAGACAAAUUGUAUCCAGAGCCUUCUAUGGAUGGCUUGCCUACUGCCGUCAUUUGUCUACAGUGCGAACACAUCUGUCUGCUCUUGUGAACCACACCAUCAUCCCACCCGACAAACCAACCAGCGCCACAGGAGGCCUGACAAAAGAGGUCUGGAGCAAAUACCAGAAGGACAAGAAGAAUUACAAGGAGUUGGAAUUGCUGAGAAGAGUGUACUAUGGUGGGGUGCAGCACGAGAUCCGAAAGGAAGUGUGGCCCUUCUUACUAGGUCACUACAAAUUUGGCAUGACCAAGAAGGAUAUGGAUCGGGUGGAUGAAGACAUUGCUCUCCAGUAUCAGAAGGUCAUGGCGGAGUGGAAAGCCUGCGAGGUGAUAGUGAAGCAGCGGGAGAAGGAGUCGCACUGUGCCACCUUGGCUAAGUUUUCAUCGGGCAGCAGCAUUGACAGCCACGUCCAGCGACUGAUCCACAGGGACUCCACCAUCAGCAAUGACGUCUUCAUCUCUGUAGAUGAAAUGGACUCAGCAGAACCAGACUUAAAGGGCCAGGAUGACCCUUCUUUGACUGUGGUGAACAUGGAUACACCAACAGCAGUUGCUGCAGUAGAGCAGCAGUCGGUAGAAUUUGAUUCUCCUGACUCUGGGCUGCCUUCUUCUCGGAACUACUCUGUGGCUUCAGGAAUCCUCUCCAGCAUCGAUGACGGGCAGAGCAUCUGCUUUGAAGAUGGGGUAGAAGAAGAAACGAGCAUGGACUUGGAAAGAACAGAUGUGGACACAGUCCAUGCUCAGAAAGCCGGGUUGGUGGCCAUAGAGGCUCAGGAUUCCAUACCAGAGGAACAGCUGUGCUCGCAGCUGGAUUAUUUAACAUCUGGAGUGGAUCUUGCUGCUGUUUGUGCUGCGUCCUAUACAAUAGAAUUACUGGACACAGUUGCCUUAAAUCUGCAUAGAAUUGAUAAAGACGUCCAGCGGUGUGAUCGGAACUACUGGUAUUUUACUGCUGAUAACCUGGAGAAGCUCAGAAAUGUCAUGUGCAGUUAUGUUUGGGAGCACCUCGACGUUGGCUACGUUCAAGGCAUGUGCGAUCUCCUGGCUCCUCUCAUGGUCAUACUCGACAGCGAUCAGCUGGCAUACAGCUGCUUCAGCCACCUGAUGAAGAGAAUGAGCCAGAACUUCCCCAAUGGUGGUGCUAUGGACACGCACUUUGCCAACAUGCGAUCCCUAAUCCAGAUUUUGGACUCCGAGCUCUUUGAGCUGAUGCACCAGAACGGAGACUACACUCACUUCUACUUCUGCUAUCGCUGGUUCCUGCUUGAUUUUAAGAGAGAAUUGUUGUACGAGGAUGUAUUUACAGUGUGGGAAGUUAUUUGGGCAGCAAAGCACAUCUCUUCAGAACAUUUUGUCCUUUUCAUUGCCUUAGCACUGGUGGAGGUCUAUCGAGAGAUUAUCCGUGAUAACAACAUGGACUUCACUGAUAUCAUCAAGUUUUUUAAUGAAAUGGCCGAGCAUCACAAUGCCCAGGAAAUCCUCAAGAUCGCGAGAGACCUUGUCUACAAAGUGCAAACGCUGAUAGAGAACAAGUGACGGCAGCUGUGGAGAGAACGGUCAUGGAGCUGCCAUGGGCCUGUGCAAACUGUGCGAUGAAGCUGUUCUUUGCACACACUUCAAACAACGUUUUAAUUGCAUCUUCCAUGUAAUGUAUAAGUAUUCCAGAGGUCUGUAAGAGAGACAUUUAAAGCCAAUUUCCCCCAGAGAUGAGGUUGGCUUGAUUGUCCUUGUUGCUCUCACGUUGUAUUUUAAGGGAAAAAUCUUUUUUCAUUCUGCCCUUUUCUUAGGCUCUAGAAGUGUCCAUCUCUGUGUUUGAGCUAUUGAGGGGAUUUUGUUUGUGGGAGGCUUUGUAUUUAUUGACCUCAUACUUCUGUAAUGCCCUGGGAAUCAGUUGUGUUCACCCAAAGUCUCCUACACAUUCAGAGUUAAGGC